AUGGACUCCCUGCUGAGCAGGCGUGAAACCUUUGGUGUCUUCAAACCCUUUUUUCCUAACGAGUCCAGUAUGGUAGAAAGGUUAGGUAACACUGAAACUCUUGAGUCUCACGCAGGAUGCGUAAACACUCUUCGAUGGAAUGAAAAAGGAUCUUUAUUGAUCUCGGGGUCAGAUGACAGAAUGCUUAAAUUGUGGUCUGUCGAUGGAACUUUAAUAAAAACUGUGAACACGGGACAUCGGGGGAUUAUCUUUGCAGCUGAAUUUGUACCUUGUGGGGAAGAUCGAAUUAUAGCUUCAGGGGCUGGAGAUCAUCUUGUAAAGCUCCACGAUAUCAACUCGGACGAAGUAUUGAAUACCUGGUCUUGUAAAGGUCGUGUGAAAAGAAUGGCAACUGCUCAAGAUGAGCCGUAUUUAUUCUGGUCGUCAUCUGAAGAUGGUAACAUCAGGCAAUAUGAUGUUAGAACCAAUAAUGAGGAGGAAAUUAUUCAAACCGGAGCUGUGCCAAUAAAAUCUUUUGCAGUAUGCCAGGGGAGAACUGAAUUGAUCGCUGUUGGGAGUGAGGAACAUUUCACUCCGUUAUAUGACCGUCGUCAACUGAGCAAGCCUUUUAUGACUUUAGCAUCUGCUGAUGCUGUGAUCAAUCGUUCUUCUCGUAUAACGUUCACAACUCACGUAGCUUUCAAUUAUAUGGGAACGGAAGUCAUCGUGAACCAAGGAUGUGGGCCAAUUUAUGUUUAUAACCUUGAAAAUCGCGAGCCUACCGUUCUUCAACGCUUGGAGAGUAUUUUAACGACUCCAGUUCCCGUUACUUAUCGUUAUUCUGACCACAGGGCUCCUGUGCUCGACAAUGUGCGUGCUCUAUUUACUGAAAAAAAUUAUAAUAAGGUGAUUGAAUAUAUCAGCCAGGCUUUGGCUGAGAGCCUGUAUUCUGAUAUGGUGGAGAAAUCAGCAUUGCUCUGUCUCAGAGGAAAAUCAUUUUUAUCGCGAAGAUGGCCAGGAGAUACUUAUGCGGCAGCGAGAGAUUUUAUAGAAGCUGUUCGUAUCAAUCCUGCUCACUGUCGAGCUCUCUGGUGGCUCGUUAGGGCACUCCUUCUUUUAGAGCAAUAUAAAUUAGCUUCACGAUGUAUUGACUUAUAUAAAGAAAGGUUCAAGGAUCUGACAGCUCCCUCUAUAACUACGUUAGAAAAUCAGGUUAAUAUUGGCCUUACUGAACAGAUACCGGAAAACUAUGAAGAAAUGGUUGACGAUCCGCAGUAUCUUGAUUAUCAUCAAAGGUUCACUGGACAUACAAAUUGUCGAACGGAUAUAAAAGAAGCAAACUUUUUCGGGUCACGCGACCAGUUCAUUGUGUCUGGAUCGGAUUCUGGAAGUUUGUACAUAUGGGAUAGAGAUACUGGUAACAUCAAAGUUGCUUUCUAUGCUGAUGAGGAAAUUCUGAACAUAGUUCAACCUCAUCCGAGCAAAUUUAUGCUUGCCACCUCUGGAAUUGAGAAUGUUAUCCGUUUUUGGGAACCUUUGCCGGAAGGCCAGUACGAUUUGAGAAGAGUCGAUAAUGUACAUGAAUUAAAUCGAUUCAACUCUCCACAAUUUGCAUUUUUGGGAAAUAUAGCAGCCACUGGCGUUCGACUUGCUGCAGGGGAGAUGGAAGGGUCUUGCCGAGUUGUAUAG